CGUUACCAUCAAUUUCGGCAUGAACCCACAUCCAUCACGGUGCGCAUUAAUAAUGCUACCCAUCAGUUUAUCACACGAUGAGUUGGUCUCCACUUUGGUCGGCCUGCAGGCCGCCGAUUGCUGCUUCCUGAGUGGCCCGUUGUCUUACUAUACCUCUGGUCCAAAUUUCCUGGUGGAGUUUCUUCCUGCGCUCGUGGAAUCUCUCCAUUGAUUUUUUUUUUUCAGUUGUUGAUGAUUCGUGUUUUUUGCAUUUCCUGUGACAAGGUGGGAAAAGAGAUAAGAAAAAUUAUGUUUUCUGGUCUGCACGUGACCGAUCGGUCUCUGGAUCUAUUGCCCGAGUCCAAAACAGCACUAUACAUCCGUCCUAUCCGGUGCGAGCAGCUCAACACCAGCCAUGGAGGGGCUGACCAUUUUUCACAUACAACCUCCAGCAUCAAGAAACGUUCAAAUAAGCUUAUAUUUAAAGCUCAGUGCAUCCGAACCAUCUGCAGCAGCUCCUUCCUCCAGUUGGGAUGGCCAGCGCCUGUUCCCGGAUCCACUUCAUUAGGCAGCCAGAUAUCACUCCAGGUCCCCCUUCAUCGCACGCACCGGAUGGAUGUGUCUAGGGUUUUCUCCCGGGUUGGGCUGAGUGGCAAGACGAAUUUCCCCCUUCCCCCCUCCUUCUUCACGCUUACGUUCGCGUCUCUCCAAUCAUCGAGCACCCUCGGGUCUUGGGUGGUGGUGGGGAUCCGUCGUUCAUAGGUUAGGUUGUGGCCUUGACGGAGGGAGAGGAAGGAGAGAGAAUAGCUGAUCCCGUCCAGUGAGGAGGGUCUCCGACCCGGUCCACCGGUGUAGUACAUGACAAGCGGGUCAGAUACGGUGCACGGGCAGGUACCUCGGGGUCGAGUGGCCGGCAGACGGCGGCUGGG